UCUUCUGAGUGGCAGGAACAGCUAUCUCUCAUACUAUCCUUGCAUUGAUUUUUGUUUGUGCCGUAAAACAUUGCCAGAUUAUGGAAAUGCAGCUCUGAAUAGAAAAUAGAGGACUUUGUUGAAGUGCCAAAGUUAAUUUGAUAAACUGAGACCCUGCGUUGUAAAGAGACAUGGAGGCUGUUUUAGGACCGUUGGUGAUCUCAGCAGGAGUGUCUCAUGGCUUGGAGUCUUCCUGUGAUGCUAGACAGAAUGGAUCUCAGUGUUAUGGAGCUCUGGGGGGAACUGGGGGAACUCCAGCUGGUGACUGAUGCCACGAGAUAUGAUGAACUCUCAUUUUAUAAAGGCUCAACUGGUGCUAAAACAGAGAUACUCAAAACGAAGAGGGACAAAUGGGUAAUAAGAGACACCCCCAUUAUAGACAGAGCACGCUUCUUUAUAAACAAUGGGACAUUUAGGUUAAAUAACACACGAAGUACAGAUUCUGGUGAAUACCUGCAAGAAACAUUUAAUUCAGCAGGGGUAGCACAAGGGAGCAGAGGACUACAACUGUUCAUCAAAGCUCCAGUGUCCAGUCCUCAGCUGUCCUCUGAGUGUCUGUCUCAUGGAGAGAUGAGGGUGUCCUGCUCCACUGAGGGGGAUGGUCCCCAGUACAGCUGGACUCUGGAUGGACAGACGCUGAGAGACACUAAGGCCUCUUCUGAUAACGAGACAAAAACAAUCACUCUGAAGAAAGGCCUGUCAGGAAAUCUCACCUGUACCAUCAGAAACUACAUCAGCAGUGAUUCUAUCAGCAAUAGAAUCUCACCUUGUCCAGAACCAGGAGUCAGUGUGUUUGUUUAUUUCCAACUCGCUGAAGUCUUCAUUCUUCUGACAGUCUGUCUGGGAUCAUACUGUUUCUACAAGAAGGAAACCUUUCACCAUAAAGAAGGACAAUGACCCAACACACCUCCAGGCUGUGUAAGGGCUAUUUGACCAAGAAGGAGAGUGAUGGGGUGCUGCAUCAGAUGACCUGGCUUCCACAAUCACUCGACCUUAACCCAUUUGAGAUGUUUUGGGAUGAGUUGGACCGCAGAGUGAAGGAAAAGCAACCAACACGUUCUAAGCAUAUGUUGGAAUUCCUUCAAGACUGUUGGAAAAGCAUUCCAGGUGAAGCUGGUUGAGAGGAUGCCAAGAGUGUGCAACGCUGUCAUCAAGGCAAAGUGUAGCUACUAUGAAGAAUCUAUAUAUUCUGAUUAGUUUAACAAUUUGUUUGUUACUACAUUAUUCCAGAUAAGUUAUUUCAUAGUUUUGAUGUCUUCACUAUUAUUCUACAAUGUAGAAAACAGUAAAGAUGAAGAAAAACCAUUGAAUGAGUGGGUGUGUCCAAACAUUUGACUGGCACUGUAUGUAGAGUUCAAAAGGUACUUGCGCUCAAAACCAUGAAAAUUUAUGCAAAAAUAAUGCACUUAAUUUAAUCAAUGCUCAAAAGAAUAAGAAAAGGUGCUAGAAAACAAAAACAGAUUUUACGUUUUGACCUCAUGCCUUCAUCAGUGCUGUACAAACAAAUUAUGAAGACAGCUUAUGUUGCGUAACAGGCACAACAGGUGCAAGCAGAUAGUUGAUGAAAUACUGGCGAAUAGGGAGUCAGUGCAUAUUAGUAAGGAUUACGUAGAAGAAUAUAAAAAAUGGACAAUCAAAUGUCACAUAUAAUUAGAAAGAGACAACAGUCUGGUCUACAUAACAACAUCAGAAGCAAUAGACAUGAAAUAAUAAAGUAAGCUAAAAAAAACAGAGUGCGGGAGGGAGGGACAUUAGCUUGAAGGGUAGUCCCUCGAGACAAGGCUAUUCUAGUGUUAUUGUUAAACAUUUGAAAGGAGUAUAUAGUACAGUAUAUUGAAGUGUUUUCUUUUAUGUUGCUUGUGAUAUACAGUAACAGAAAUUAGUUUGGGAUGGCUUUAAUCAGGGAAACUGUAGCAUAGACACUUCCCUUCUUACUCUAACUUCCAAAGGUAUUUGUGAUUUUGAAUGCAUAGAAAAUAAUAAAA